AUGGCACCACCCCCAACGCCCUUUAUCAAUGCCCAGAUGAUUUCAGGGAUCACUGGAUCGAUUUCUAUUGCCUGUUGGAUCAUUGUCUUUGCUCCUCAAAUCUAUCAAAACUUUGCACGAAAGUCUGCUGAAGGGUUGUCUCUCCUCUUCGUUGUUCUCUGGCUUGCCGGAGACGUGUUCAAUGUUGUGGGCGCUAUUCUACAAGGAGUCUUACCGACCAUGAUCAUCCUUGCAAUUUACUACACCUUAGCCGAUGUCGUGCUUCUGUGGCAGUGUCUCCACUAUGGCCAUGGUGAUAGAAAGGUCGAUCCUAUUCAUCUAUCUCCGGCAAAUCCUUUAAGCAGUGAAGCGGAGCCACUUCUUGAAUCAGUUCUAUCGAACGAACAUCACCACCACCAUAACCAACAUCAUCACGUCGACCCUGAAUCUGCAUUAGAGGUUAUAAUGGAGGCAGAUUCUAACCAAUCCAAUGAAUAUAACGACAUAAAUGGCUCAAACCCCACAUCCGAGGAAACAGAAUGCUCUUCGUAUUCUUCCAAAUCAACCGUUGAGGGUUCGGAAUUAGCGUAUAACUUGAUAAUGGUAGCACUGGUUUUCGUAGCGGGUUUUGGUGGUUGGUAUUUUGGCGAUUCAGGCCAUUCUAGUGACCCGCAACCUCCCAAAAACGAUGCUGAUUUAGAGUUCAACGUUUUGGCACAAACAUUUGGAUGGUUAUGUGCAGCAUUAUACCUUGGCUCCAGAGUACCUCAAAUUUUGCUCAAUUUCGAAAGAAAAUCCUGUGACGGUAUUGCAUUUUUGUUUUUUCUUUUUGCAUGUUUAGGUAAUAUAACAUACGUGGUAUCAAUUUUGUCAGUUUCUACAGGUAAAAGGUAUCUCUUAGUAAACUCUUCUUGGUUAGUUGGAAGUGUUGGCACUUUAGCGGAAGAUUUUAUUAUUUUCUGCCAGUUUUUCUUAUACAAUAAAAAUGCUGACUCUGAUGAGGAGGAUGAAGACGAAGAAGGAUCUACAAUUUGA